AUGUCCUCACCUUCCACUUGCGUACCUCCUGGUCCACGCGAACCAGAUUUUGCUGGUCUUGCCAAUACCUCGGGUAUACCACCCUUCUUCAUGAAUCGAUCAACUUCCGAUAGGUGGGAGAUGAAACCUCCUUUACCACUAUCCCAAUCGAGAGCCUACGUAUCGCCGGAUACUUCACCAUUGGAAGAGAGGUUCGAGAAUAACCAGCAAAGUGAUAGUGUAUCACCUACCGAUGUGGGAUUACAGUCCUCAUUAUCGAAUCAUCCUAGAGAAUUUCCUCAUCCUGGUAGACCACCUUUAUUACCUUCUGAAACUAUACUUUCCCAACAGCAACCACAACAGCCCUGCAAUAGAUACUUCACCAACCCUAUUCAUCUUCAAGCUGGGUUCUGGCAACAUACUGGAAACGAUCAACAUGAUCCAUGGUUCAAUCCCCUUAUGUUACCUCAGACGAAUAAGCAGAAGAAAAAUAAAGGUCAGAAGAAGGUGGAAGGGAAACAACCGACUUUCUUGACUAAGCUUUUUGGGAUUCUGGAACAACCGGAGUAUCACCAUAUCAUGCGAUGGGACGAAACAGGCGAAGCGAUCAUUAUCGAAAACCCAGAAGAACUAGCUGAGAAGAUACUGCCGGUCGUCUAUCGUCAAAGUAGAUUUGCUAGUUUCUCGCGACAGUUGAACAUAUACGGUUUCAAUCGUAAGUUGAGCUUACGGCAUGUCGAGAGGGGAAUAUGUGAUCCAGAUGCCAGUACAUGGUCUCACCCAUUCUUAAAGAGGCAUUCGUCGAAAGCUGAAAUCCUCUCUUUUAAACGACGAGUACCACCUCGACCUACCCAAGCGCAAAAGCGACGAAUGAGUCUGCAGGAAGAAGGUCUAUCACCUACAUCCUCAGAGCACAGCGUGGAGUUCCACUCACCGCCAGACGCAUAUCAACAUCAUCUUCUUCCCGAUGUAGAAGAAGACAAACCAUUUAUAUUCCCUCAUCCGAGAGGUUCCUAUAUACCCCAAGGUCCUAUGGGAUAUCAUGGAACUUUCCAGGCUCACGCACCACCUCCAGAGUAUCAUGCGUAUGAGCAGGAUUCUCCUACCGCGUUUGAGUUUGAUUAUUCUACACCUGGAGAAGCCGGUGGUCAAAGUCCGACAAUUCCAUACCCUCAACAGCGGCCAUUCGAUAUGCUUAAGAUCCAGCCAUUGACCCAUUCUAACCACACUGAUCAGCGAUCGAACUAUGACUUCGGACCUCAAUCUGCACCUGCCAAUACAACUGCUUGUCCUAUCGAUAUCAAGGUUAUUCAACAACAUACGAGAACUCGAAGUGUACAGGGUGAACCACCCUCUGCGAUGUUAUAUUCACCUUCUUCACCUUUGAAUCCCUCGUCAUGGCUAAUCGGUACAGGUACUGGUGAUGUCCCUGAACCUCAAGCACAUCAACAACAACGGAUGAAGAAAGAAGAAAGUAACAGUCCGACUAGUCUACCACAAAGACAACUUGGAGGAUACGCACCUCAAGGUCAGAACAUCAUGAAUACCAAUAAUCAUCAACCCGCUUGGUGGGAUGACAAGAGAGGGGAUAAUAGUUAUACUACAGAGUAUGGCAAUUCUCCUCAAUCAUUACCAAACGAUUUCGAACUUGGCUCAGGAUCGAGUAAUUCACUUAUCCUACCUCAGAUUCAAACCCAACUACCACCCACAGGAAUCAAUCAGUCACAGUCGUUGAGCAUCUUAUCGCCUGAUUCACCUACGACGAUUUCACCUGGAGUAUAUCAACCUGGAUUUUCAUUCCCACCUUCACUUAGAAGUAGAUCAUACCAUGCUCACACUCCAACUUCAUCGUUUGGUAAGAUCUCCACGAGUACUCGCCAGGAAAGAAGAGCUACUCUAUCUUCUUCUACUGCUCCAUAUUCAUGUACCAGUCCUCGAAAUAAGGUAUCAUCGUUAUUGUCGUCGACUCUUAUUGGUGGAAAUAGGACUAUAGCUAGUAGAAGAGGUUCGGAAGCUCAUAGUUCGGCAUUAGGUCUGAGGUUGGACGGUAUAGACAGGAAAGAUGGGGAAAACGGAGAUGAUGAUGAGGAGAAUGAAGCGUUGCCUAGUGCGAGUAUAAAGUUUGAGGAUAAACAUCCUUUUGAAGGAAUAUUAGGUGGCGAGGAGAUUGUGGAUUGA